CUAUCGGACUAUCGCAUAUCGGCCUGCCAUCAGCUGUGCAGUUGAGUUGAAAACGCGAGGGCCGCCUUCUUAUAAAACACAAUGUCUUUUAGUAAUUUAUUAAUGAAAAGCAGCAUAAAUGGCAGCUUGCGUAGCACACAGUCAAUAGCGCUGCUGCUGUUAAAUGUAAACACGCGACAGGGGCACACGCUGCGUGGCAAACCGCCCGGCGUUGCUCGCACCCUGGAACAGCGACUACAAGACGACAACGUCACCGAUCCGGAGAUAGUGGCACGCAUUAACAUUGGCUUUCCGCAGCUAAAGCCAUCGCGUUCGGCACAGCUAAAGGCACGCCUUGAACAUCUCAAGGCACAGCGUUCCAGCAAGGAGCUCGAGCAACUGGCCCGUGACAAUAAAUUGCUUAUUGAUUUGGACAAGGUGCAGGAUACAUAUGUGCAGACAACGGGCCAGCAUGGUCUGCGUCUGCUGGCGGAUCACUAUGGCAUUUUUGAGCAUCUGUUUGGCAGCGCCUACUUUGUGCCGCGCGUGCCUUUAACCAUACAAUACGAGCUCAAUGCCGAUACCCUUAGUGCCGUAUACAAUGGCAAUGUUAUUAAGCCCUCUGAGGCGAGUAAAGCGCCUUUGGUUAGUUUCGAUGGCCAAUUGGAUCCUAUUACGGGCAAGGCGGCGCAGGGCGAUAGCUUCUGGACCCUUCUGGCCACCAAUCCCGAUGCACACUAUACCAAUCCGUCAGCCGAGUGCCUUCACUGGUUUAUCGCCAAUAUACCCAAUGGCAAGAUUGGCGAGGGCGAGGUAUUAGCCGACUAUCUGCCGCCAUUCCCACCUAAAGGCUUGGGUUAUCAGCGCAUGGUUUUCGUGCUCUACAAGCAGCAAUCCCGCCUGGAUCUGAGCGCACACAAGCUGGACGCCAAGGACAACAAUAACCUUGAGAAGCGCAGCUUUAGCACGUUGGACUUUUAUCGUCAGCAUCAGGAUGACCUGACGCCGGCGGGUCUCGCCUUCUACCAGACCAAUUGGGAUGAAUCCCUCACAAGCUUCUACCACAAUGUUUUGCAACUUAAGGAGCCGGUCUACGAGUAUGAUUUCCCAAAGCCAUAUUUGGCAGACCAGAAGUUCUUUCCGCUCAAGCAGCCAUUCAAUCUGUACAUGGACAAGCACCGUGACAUCAAGGAGGUGAACAAGGAGUAUCUGCAGCGCAAGCUUGCAAAAACGCAUCCCUUCGAUGGUCCGGAGCAGCCGCUUCGCUUUCCCAAUGCCCAUCCGCUACGCGAUGUGCCUUCCUGGCUAAAGACGGAGAUACGCAAACGUCGACUAGGCACUGGACGUGUGCAGGAUUACUAAACAAAGCCAUUUAGAUAUACA